UUGCAAUAUAAAUAUAAAUACAAACUUUAGCUUCUUUUCAUAUUUGUCAUAUUAAUUGUAUAUUUCUAUGUAAAAUCAAAUCAAUUCAAUUACAUAUAUAUUCAUAACUUAAUUAUGUUACCAACUAAAAUCAUUACCACAAAAUUACCCUUGAUUACUACUUGUGGAUUCAAAGGGUCAUUGUUAGCCGCUAAUCAGCAAUAUUAUAAUUUUUAUUCAACUUCAACCCCACCAACUACCACCACAUCAGUUAAACAAAGAAGUAGUAUACUUGAUAUAUCUACUAAAGUUUUGGAAGAUAGUGACAUUGAAAAACAUGAUGAUAAACAAUUCAUUACUCACCCUUUAUUCCCUCAUCCUACUUUCUCAGGAGAAGAUUGUUUAAAAAUUCAAUUUGAACAUCGUGAACCAAAAACUUUUGGAGAUAGAUUAGCAUUAAGAGGAAUUCAAUUGGUGAGAGGAUCAUUUGAUUUUGUAACUGGGUAUAAGAAACCUGCAACUCCUGAACAAGAAUUGAAUGGAUUUAAAGGUACAAGAUAUGAAAUGACAGAAUCAAAAUGGUUAACGAGAUGUAUAUUUUUAGAAAGUAUUGCUGGUGUUCCAGGUGCAGUGGCAGGAUUUUUAAGACAUUUACAUAGUCUUAGAUUAUUAAAAAGAGAUAAAGCUUGGAUUGAAACUUUAUUAGAUGAAGCUUAUAAUGAAAGAAUGCAUCUUUUAACCUUUAUAAAAUUAGGUCAACCAUCAAUAUUUACGAGAUUAAUUAUUUAUGUGGGUCAAGGAGUAUUUUGUAAUGCUUUCUUUUUAUUUUAUUUAGUUAAUCCAAGAUAUUGUCAUAGAUUUGUGGGUUAUUUAGAAGAAGAAGCUGUUAGUACUUAUAGUCAUUUAUUACAUGAAUUAAGUCAACCAGAAAAAUUAUUAAAGUUUAAAAAUAUGAAAAUCCCUACUAUUGCAGUUCAAUAUUGGCCUGAAUUAACCGAACAAUCAAGUUUUGAAGAUUUAAUUUUAAGAAUUAGAGCUGAUGAAGCUAAACAUAGAGAAGUUAAUCAUACUUUAGCUAACUUAAAUCAAAAGGUUGAUAGAAAUCCAUUUGCUUUACAAUUGGAUCAUAUUAAAGAUCCUCAACCUGAAAAUGGAUUAAAAGUUACCAGAGGUAAAGGAUGGGAAAGAGAAGAUUUAACAGUAUAAGGUUUUAAGUUAUUAAUGAUGUUUAUUUUUUUUAUAUAAAAAUGUAAAGUUUUAAUGUUUGUUUAUGAUUUUAUAUAUAUGCAUAAUGUUUCCUUAUUUAAAUGGUAGCUCAAACAGGAUAAUGUCGUGAUGAUGUAGAGACGGACAAUAUUACGACAUUUGUGAUAACUGCGGGUUACGUUAUAUGACACAAAAUGAGCAUAGAAUAUUCUAGCAACUUUUCAAAAUUCUGAAUAAGGACAGCAGUAUAAUUUAACGUUUAUUUAACGCUAAUUAUAACUUAUAAGUUACUACUGUGCAAUGUCAUUGAAAAGUUUUUCACAUACUA